AUGGAGGCCCCCCUGGACGUGCCCGUAGGGAACCUCAUCGACUUUGAUGCCGAAACACCCACCUGCGUCCCCUCGGAACCCUCUCCUCCCGCUGCCCCCAGCGGCAACGGGCACCUGGGGGACGAUGGGGACGUGGCCGGGGAGGAGAGCGAUGCCACCGAGUCGGCGGACAGCGAGAAUGACAUGGGUGACUCUCCCAGGCGCUGGUGCGGCUACCGUUUUUUCCCCCCCACCCAGAGCAGCGAGGCGGCCCGGGACGAGGCGACGGCCGAGCGCCGGGAGUUCAUGCGGCACUACGUGGAGAAGAUCUUCACCGGGGGAGAGGAUUUGGACCAAGAAGAGAAGGCCAGGUUUGGUGAGCUCUGCAGCAGCGAGAACGGGAAGGGCAGGGAGUGGUUCGCGAGAUACGUGAGUGCCCAGCGCUGCAACUCCAAGUGUGUCUCGGAGCAGACCUUCUACCGCCUGAUGCAGUCGUUCGCCCUCGUGCUGUUCGAGUGUCACCAGAUGGAUGACUUCAGCCCUGCCAAGAACCUCAUGACCAUGUGUUUCACCUACUACUACGUGGGCAAGACCCACGCGCUGCCCUCGGAGGCCAAGGAGAAGCCCAGGGGCAGCAUCGACUCGUACCUGAAGUCAGCGAACAGCUGGCUGGCGGAGAAGAAGGACAUCGCGGAGCGGCUGCUGAAGAACACGUCAGCCAAGACGGAGAACGUCAAGGGCUUCUUCGGGGGCCUGGAGACCAAGCUGAAGGGUCCUACCACCAAAAAGAGCGACGAAGGUGAGGACAAACCAAAGGAGAAGCUGAAGAAGACGGUUUCCAUGCAGAGCCCAGAGGAGGAGAAGAAAGGAGAGAGGAUCUACCUGUACAUGCACCUCAAGCAGCAGCCGAUCUGGCACAACCUGCGGUUUUGGAACGCCGCCUUCUUCGACGCCGUGCACUGUGAGCGCAGGAAGCGGUCCCCCACCACCAGAGGGAACACUGGGGAGGAAGAGGAGAAGAGGGAGAAGUGGUGCCACAUGACGCAGGAGGAGCGUUUUUUUUUCAACGAGAACAUCACCUUCGGGCAGCUGGGCACCUUCAUUCACAACAUGCUGGCGUUCGGCCUGAACAAGAAGCUCUGCAGCGACUUCCUGAAGAAGCAGGCGACCAUCGGCAAUUUGGACGAAGAGCAAUACAAGCUGCUCAGUGACCACAUCGAGCAGAUGGCCACCGAAUAG